CAAAUCCAAACCCUCCAUCAUCCAACGCAAGCCCAAGUCAGGCAAGCAACCAAGGCAGCACCCAGCCAGGCAGGCAGCAUCAUCACAAACCCGAACCAACCUCGACUGUCGCAGCCCAUUCUCCAACGGCCGUGGCCACUCGCGAACAAAACGGCACACGCAUUGAUGAUGGCCAACAUCACUGCCGCCGCAUCGCCGCCUCGCCCAAUAUCUUACAAUCUGAUAUAUCGUUAAAGGUCAAGAGAGGGGGUCCCAUACACAGUCUCGUCGUCUGAAGUGUGAGACGACCCACCCCCCACCACCACGGCAUACAAUAACAGACUCGUCCUCAUAGUACUUAGUCGGACGACGCUGAGCUUGCCUGCUGCUUGCUGCACACACCAGCCGACGACGACGCCGACGACGACAACACCUCCAGAUGGGUUACUUGGCCACCACGACUCAGACGACGCAGCACGUCGCCCCAGCGGGCAUGCUCGACGGCUUGGCAGCAUUGCAAAGCCUCCACCAGCAAAACCAUCAUCAUCAUCACCACCAUCACAGCCCUCACCACCACAACGCACACAACAACUACCAUCUCCACCAACCUCCUCACCACCAACCUCACCACCACGCUCCUCCGCCUCCCCCACGCGAGCUCCCCGUCUUCCACCACCACCAGGUCCCUGUCCACCACAUCCACCACGACCCCGUCGUCCGCGUAGGCCAGCUUGGCCUCGAAGGAACACUGGCAGUCCCCGCCAUCGUCUCACGCUUCCUCUCCUACUCGCUCCCCACCCCAACAUGCCUCUCUGCCAACUACAAUGCCCUGGGCAACCUCGGUGUGAGUGUCCUCGUCGACCAGUUGGCCGAGACAACACGCGGAUCAGUGGCAUGCGUCGCCACAUCAGAGGACGGGGGCGAGGAGCUUUGGCCCCCCGUGGUCCGUGGCCUUGAGCUCCAGGGCAAUGGGAUAGGCAACGGCGGCUUUGGCGUCUUGCAAUGGUAUGCGUCCAAGAUGCCGGGCAUGCUCAAGCUUGACCUUGAAGAUAAUGAUAUUACUCUUGACGAACCUGCUCCAGAAGUAGGAUUAGAUGCACCCCUCCUCCGGCUGGUCAACAGCACUCACCUCACCCACCUCAACCUCUCAUACAACCCGUUAAGGUCGUGCCAAGUAGCUCAGCUCUUUGACACGUUAGAUAUUCCGAUCCGCGAGCUCAAGCUCGACUCGUGUGGCCUCGGCAUGGAUGUUGCGUUCGCUGCCGCCAACUACCUCGCAUCGGACCGGUGCCAUCAUCUCGAGACAUUAAGCAUGGCCGAGAACUAUCUCACACUCUGUGGGAUGACAAUGAUGCUCGACGCGGUCGAGACCAACAACCUCACACUCUUGUCUCUCAGCCUCGACGAGCACGACAGCGACGGCAAGAUUGAGGCCACAGAUAGUGAGCGCCGCAGCGGCAACAAGUGGACCGACGUCGAGCGACAAAUGUGCAUCCGCCUUCCGCUCGUCCUCGAACGCAAUAGAAGGUUGCACCGUCGUCUGGCACAGGCCGUCAAGCAGGCCCUCGUCCCCACUCGUCUCAUCCUCUUUGGCCGGCCUGCGCAUCCCCCGGAUACGAAGACUGGCUUCCGUUUGCUCGACCUCCCCCCUGAGGUGCAGCUCGUCGUCGCCCGCCACUGCUCUGACGACGCCUGGGCCUUCUCGGACGCGCAGUGGGCGCGCUUCGUUGCGCAAGCUGCCGACCCGUGCCGCUUCCGGCGCCUGUCCAACGCCAUGUGGAAUCACACUACCACUGGGCGCAAGAACAUGUUGUGCUCGCGUCAGGCUCUCGACCGCGCCAUGAACAACUGGCGUCGCCAGGCGGGCUGCGUGUCGUGGGAAGGCGGAGACGGCGGUGACGGCGACGAGUAGUGCCGCGGUGGGGCGCGGUGGGUUGUGGGCAGCGGCCAGCAGGCAUGGGGUGGUGGCCUGCAACACGCCCAGGCCGACGGAAGCACACACGCAGCACACACGCACGUACGAGCAAGCAGCAGAGGCAGGCACACACACACGGCGCGGCCAGUUGGCCAGUACCUUGGCGCUCGCUACCGAGGUAUGUGAUGCGGCCGCGCAGAUCACACACCGCCAAACAAUGAAUUGGGGGGACAGUGUUUGGGCGUCGGAAGGUCCCGAUGAAUGGGGCCAAGGACGGUUAGCUACAAGGCGUUUGAUAAUGGGUGAUUCAGGGCGUGGCUUGAUCUCGAACAGGUGAUCGCGACGGGACCGUCGGCGAUCCGGACCCUCCCUCUUGGCUGUCCAUAGUAUGGUCAUGCAUCAGCAGUAGUCGUGAGAGCAA